AUGGUCAGAGGUUCGCUCAGCAAACUCCUCUCCCGCUCUCUCUCCGUCACCGGAAAAUGGCAGAACCAACAGCUCCGCCGCCUCAACAUCCACGAGUACCAGGGUGCUGAAUUGAUGAGCAAAUACGGAGUUAACGUUCCCAGGGGUGUGGCUGUUUCUUCAGUUGAAGAAACUAGAAAAGCCAUCAAGGAUGCAUUCCCCAAUCAAAGCGAGUUGGUGGUAAAGAGUCAAAUUUUAGCUGGUGGACGAGGCUUAGGAACUUUUAAAAGUGGCCUUAAGGGAGGAGUACACAUUGUUAAGACUGAACAGGUUGAAGACAUAGCUGGGAAGAUGCUUGGGCAGAUACUAGUUACAAAGCAGACAGGUCCUCAGGGAAAAAUCGUUAGCAAGGUUUACUUGUGUGAAAAGCUGUCACUUGUGAAUGAGAUGUACUUUGCUAUAACUCUGGAUCGUAAGACUGCUGGCCCACUUAUUAUUGCCUGUAGAAAGGGAGGAACUAGCAUUGAAGACCUUGCAGAGAAAUUCCCAGAUAUGAUUGUAAAGGUACCUGUUGAUGUUUUUGAAGGAAUUACUGAUGCAGAUGCUGCAAAGGUUGUUGAUGGUUUGGCUCCCAAAGUGGCUGAUGGAAAUCAAUCAAUUGAACAAGUGAAGAAUUUAUAUAAACUUUUUGUUGAUUCUGACUGCACCCUUUUAGAAAUCAAUCCCAUGGCAGAGACAGCUGAUAACCAACUAGUAGCUGCUGAUGCUAAAUUGAAUUUUGAUGAUAAUGUUGCAUAUCGUCAGAAAGAAAUAUUCACUCUCCGUGAUACAACACAAGAGGAUCCCCGAGAGGUGGCUGCUGCAAAGGCAGAUUUAAACUAUAUUGGGUUAGAUGGGAAUGAUGGCUGCAGGUUCGUAUGGUGUUCCUCAAUUCAGGAUGCGAGUCUUUCUUUGGGGAGCUCUUCCUAA